AUGGAAGACCUAAUAGAACUGAGCGUGGAGGACCAUAUAACACUGAGAAUGGAAGACCUAAUAGAACUGAGCGUGGAGGACCAUAUAACACUGAGAAUGGAAGAUCUAAUAGAACUGAGCGUGGAGGACCUCAUAACACUGAGAAUGGAAGAUCUAAUAGAACUGAGCGUGGAGGACCUCAUAACACUGAGAAUGGAAGACCUAAUAGAACUGAGCGUGGAGGACCAUAUAACACUGAGAAUGGAAGACCUAAUAGAACUGAGCGUGGAGGACCUCAUAACACUGAGAAUGGAAGAUCUAAUAGAACUGAGCGUGGAGGACCUCAUAACACUGAGAAUGGAAGAUCUAAUAGAACUGAGCGUGGAGGACCUCAUAACACUGAGAAUGGAAGACCUAAUAGAACUGAGCGUGGAGGACCUCAUAACACUGAGAAUGGAAGACCUAAUAGAACUGAGCGUGUAG